CUGUGCUGUAUCACCCAUUUUUAACGUUUUAAAAACAAGUUUUAGAACGAAAAAAAAUUGAGGUUAGUAGAAAUGUCACGGGAUUUCGUGAUAAUGCGAAGUUCGGUAAUUACGAAAAUAAUUAAAACCCUUAAUUAGACAAGAUUGAAUGUUUGAGGCUAUUAGAAUUGGAUUUUGGAGCGUGCAAUUUUUUACCACGAAUGAAUAAUUGAAUUAAUCAACAAUUUAGAUAGAUAUUUAAUCUAGUUUAGGUUGGUAGUGCCAAGUGUCAACAAAACAAGCCCCGACUUAACCUCACUUUCCUCCCUUUUGUUUUCGUAUUUUCAAGUGUUUGGGGCCUUAAAAUGGCAUCACCGAUGUUUUCUUCAAGUUCCAAAAAGCACAAGAAACACAAAUCGGAGCGUAAGGAGCGCCCCGAGACUUUCACUGAAAAGCCCCCGGGGCUGAAACUGAUCCUGAAAGUGGGCAAUCAAGCGACUCCUGAACACACUACCGACUAUUACAAUUUGAAUUCGUACAGUAUUCAAGACCAAAUCAUCGACCAGAACGACCCAUGCAUGACCAUGGGGCGCAGCCACCAUAAAAAGAGCAAAAAAAAGAAGAAGAAAAAAGACAAGAGUAAAGACAGGGACCGGAAACACCGCCACCACCACAAGGAGAAGAAACGGAAACGUGAAGAAAUGGAUUAUGACGAGGAAAAUCGGGAUUUUUCAGGAGGUAGUCCGAGUUUGCAUCGGGAGCCCCGGACAUGUGUCCUGAGACAGAGACAGGAACGGACUCCGGUACAAAGAAUGCUAGAUCAAUUAUUGGGGCUUUUGGAGAAGAAGGACCCCCAGCAGUUUUUCGCAUGGCCAGUGACUGAUAACAUCGCCCCCGGGUACUCCUCUAUAAUCACACAACCUAUGGAUUUCAGUACUAUGAGGCAAAAAAUCGAGGAUAAUCAAUACGACAAUCUACAAGAUUUCAACGCCGACUUCAAGCUCAUGUGUACAAACGCAAUGAAAUAUAAUCAUGUCGAUACGAUUUAUUACAAAGCUAGUAAAAAAUUACUUCAUGCUGGUUCGAAAAUGAUGCAACCGGAAAAAUUGGGUUGGAUUUUAAAUUUGAUCCCGGAAUUGAGCAAUGAAGACAUGGGAUUUGAGAUAACCCCCGAAUUGAGACAGAAUAAAGGGGGACAUGAGGACCAUUAUGACAGUGAUCACGUAAUUGAGGGUAAAAAACGAAUGCCAACUUCGAAAUUUGAAGCUAUUCAGGAUGACCUCACACCGGAGGAAAUCCUCACAAAGUCACAAAUUGCAGCGAGAGAAGCUAGAGUCAAAUUAAGUUUGACAGUUGCACGUCGUGGGGCCCCUACAAUGGGGUUCCUCAAACAACGCAAAGACGGUACAACCAAUCUCAAUAUUCUCGUGGGGGGCGAAGGUGUGAUUCCUGGAACGAAAAAACGUCCUGUUCUUUUGGGUCAACUUUGUGGGAAAUUAUCCGAUGGGACUGGUCAGAUUCAGGGGUUCCGGGAGGACCGUCGCAAUGUCACAAAACCGGUGAAGCCCCUGUAUUAUGGGGCUUUCGGGUCCUAUGCCCCUAGUUACGACUCGGCCUUCGCUAAUUUAAGUAAAGAGGAAAGUGAUCUCGUUUAUCAGACUUAUGGGUCCGACACGGCGGUGCAAUACGCCGAAAGUGUCUUAGAUUUUGUCAAAGACAGCGAUUAUGCCACCCAUUUGGUCGAUAGUUUGUUGGAUUUGUUAACAGGGGGCGACCAUAGUAAAACAAGACGUGUCUUAGAUGAGAAUAAAAAGUUGAGGGAGGAGGAGGAGGCUGUGAAGACGAUGCUUGAAAUGAAACCGAUUGAUGCGAUUAAAGUGGAUGUGGAGGAGUUGAGGAGUCUCCAGGACGUGGGGAUUGACAUCAACUUCCUCGAUAAUAUGGAGGAAGAGAUUAAAUUGUCGGAGGAGAGACACGAGUUGCAACAAAAGCUCGAUUCAAUGUGUCAAUUGUUGCAAAAGUUGCAACAAACGCAACAUCAGAGAUUGUCGCAGCCGCCCCCUGUCCAUCUGAGUCAGUGUGUGCCCCCCAGUGAGGAGGAGUUGCAAGUGGCGGAAAAUAUCACUGAGAAUUUGACGGAAAUUGCCAAGAGGGUGAAUCCGGGGGAGAUUGUGCCAGUUGGAGGGGUGAGGAAGGCGCUAGGAGUGGCCUUGCCUGAAGUUGAGGUUAGUGCUGAAGUGGGGGAUUUGGAGUCGGAAUUGAGGCAGUUUUUGGAGAGUGAACCGGCCCUAACACAGAGCCCUUUAAGGGAUGAUAAAACAAUAGAGGAAAUUUUAAUGGAGUAGGUUAUGAGUGGAUAAUAAAGAAUUGUC